AAUCAGUAAACUUAAGGCAACAGCAAAUCUUCACUUGUCAAGGUCAUUAUCUGUAGUUGGUAAAGCUACGAUCUUAAAUUCGUUACUCCUUUCAAAAUGCUGGUACCUACUCCGGGUCACACCACUGACCAAGCAGGAUUUGUCUCAGAUUACAUCCGUCGCUAUACAAUUCUGCCGAUCGAAUAUCUUUCCGGUCAUACCUUGGUCGGUAUGGACAACACCAAAACAACUGGGGGGUCUGGGUGUUUUAGACCCAAAAGCACAAUAUCAUACACUGUUUCUUCGAUGGACAACUCCCUUGCUAACGGACGAUGAUCCCAAUCAUCAGCUAACACAAAUGCUUAAAAUACAUAUCCGGAAUAGACACUUAACCCAGCACCAUCAUAUUCCACUUCUUCUGCCUACCAUGAGAUCCACUGGCCUUACAAAAGCCAGAAUUAACACAUUGGAUAUCAUAUAUGCUACCAUCGAUUGUAUUCCCAGGAACUUCGAAUCUACACCACUCAACCACGCCACGGCCUUGAUAUUACCGCUCCAAGCUAUCUUUCAACCACCAAAGAUUCCCAAAAAAGCAGCCAAAUUAUUGGUGAGUGACCUUUUCUCAUACAGUCCAGUACUACACUGCCUACAUUGGAAAAAUCCCGCCACGUUCAACAAUCAAUGGGGUAACUCGCCCAGAAUGAUAACUAAUCGUCUUGCAAAUGGUUCGAUUCAACUUACUCCCUUCUUUCAGCCAUUAUGUCAACCAUCACAAUCAGAUCAAACAAAUAAUUCAGCGGUAGACUUCUAUCCUUGGGUACAGGCACUGACUAUCGCGGACAAACCAAUUUCAAGCACUUACCCUCAACGGAAUAAGAAAUAUAGAGAGGCAAUACUACAGCAACAUAAGUCACAGCUACAAUACAGCCUAUCACGUACUUGUAUACCGGCAAAGAAAUGGUUCCUCUUUUGGAACCUGGCACUAGUGGCAGUACAACGAAAUGUUAUAUACCGACUAUUGACUCGUUCCAUCCCUUCUCGUCGAUAUAUGCAUCAAAUUUUCCCAGAGAAAUUUAAUUCCGCCCAAUGCCAGAUCUGUUUGUCUUCGAUUGAAUCAUCAAAACACAUGCUUUUUUACUGCCCAUCGAAGGCUAACAUUUGGAAAACUAUCAUCUCCGAAUUUCUUUGGCCUACGACCAACAUAUCAAAUAUAAUCGCUGCAAUUUUCACUUUGAACUUCCAACCCAUCGCAUACUGUCAAAAACCAGGAUUAACAGUACAGAAUGUUAUCCUCUGCACCUUGGCCAACAUUUGGAAAUCUCAUUUCCGUAGUUGCUUCGACUCUACACCUUUUCUCUGGCCUGUAGUUGUGCAACAGAUUCGUGCAGACCUCUCAUCCUUUCAAGCUGAAGGCUCCCUCCAAAACCUGUUAUAAAAAGAAUAUGCAACAACACAACAUGUGCCAAUAAUCAACCUUUAUUUUUUCUCAGUUUUUACUGUUCACAAUGCGCACAAAGUAUAGUCCUAAUAUUUUCUCAUAACUUUUAAUUUGCGCCCGCCUCUUGAAUUAGAAUUUUUCUUUUUUUACACGGAGCAAUAAAUAAACAAUUUAAAAAAAAAAAAAAA